AUGGAGCAAAGAAGAGGUGAUCCAAGAAUAUACAUCGUCACUCUUCUUUUUCUUUCAUGUAUCCUCACAGGAGGAGUCCUUCUCGGACUUUACCUCCUCCUCCCUGAUCCGGACCCUCUAUUCCUCCCAGCGGGUAUGUUCUUUGUUGGUAUCCCUUGGCUCUUCUGGUUCUUGGCUUACCUUUACUCCUGCGUCCUCAAGCCCUGCACGGUCUCCGUAAGCAAAAAGGUUCCCAGUUUCGAUCCAGAGAAAGGCGAGGAAAAGAACAACAAGAAUAUCCCGGGACAAAUCAUGUCAGCUUCAGAUCCCGUGGCUGUGGUUGAGCCGAUGGAAGGUGAGAAGCACGUGCAGCUUGGAAGCCAUGAUGAUGAUGAUGAGAGGAGCGUUGAUGAGGAUUACGAUAGAACUCCAUUGAGAAUAUCUUCCGGGAACAAAUGA